AUGCACGUUGUCGUUCAACAACCCACAAGCUCCGAGUCUACCAGUACCGGACCAACCGAUCCUUCGACCAUUACGACAACUUCUUCCUCAUCUGAUCCCACAACUCGCCCCUCGUCCGCCACGACGCUGGCCUCUUCAUCUACUGGGUUAUUGCUCGACGUGCAGCCUGAGCGCUCAGCAAAGAAGUUGAAGGUUCAGCCGGAAGGUGAAGGGUCUACUAGGGGGAAACAGCAGAAGGAGGCAAAGGCGCAGGUGAAUGGGAGUGGGAGUGGCAAGGGGAAGGGGAAGGGGAAGGGUCUACUUCAAAUCUUCGCUUGUUCCGAGUCUAUCGCACCAGCACUCCGAGUCUUUGAAUUUGCUGGUCUACUACUACUAAGCCUACUACUACUAUGGAUGUUUCUCACUGUACUCAUAACUUCAAUGGCCUCCGGUGCCCAACCUGCAACAGACACGUCUCUUACAGGGAUUUCACCUGAUCAAAAAUGCUCGCAUGAGCCCCAGACCCAUCUAAUAACACAAGCAAUUCACGCCGGAACGCGUGCGCCAGUACCACCAAAACCAAUAGGACCUUUUUCUGCAGUCUCCAGCUCAAGCACAGAAGGACCAGUCGUAAACAACACAUCAUCCAUUCAUCGCACUCCAUCCAAGUCGUCCAUCUCUGAGGCCCAACAUAUGUCUACUGUACUAGUACCUACUGCUAUGCAAGGUGUUUUGCAUUCUAACUUGAAGCACAUUGGAACGCCUAGGGCCAUUGGCGCUCUACGAAACCGAUCCCCUGCAUUAUUGCGCCACUUGACCACGCCGAAUGUUGCGCGUUCUACUCUCGGGUUGAACGCGAACAAAGUUCCAUCACCUGUAUUCUCGGUAAAAACAGAGUCAGACUCAAACUGCGAAGACAGCGACAAUGAAUCUACUCACACCAUCGACACCCAGGCCCGGUCUAGCGAGGAACACAAGGCCCAGCUCGGUUUGAACGCGACCCGUGCACAGCGAGAUGUUUGCUUUGCGGAGAAGACACUCGCAGAUUGCGUUGUCCAGCAGAAUAGAGCACUUGGGCUCCUCUACCAGUUCGAGGCUACAGAAGCUGGGAGGAAGUUGGAGGACGCUCAUAUCGACAUCGGUUAUGUGCCUGCAACUGCUCAACGAACUUCCGACUCGGAUGUGGAUGCAAGAUGCAGUGCGCAUGGAGGCGUAGAUAAUCGAGUUGCGUUGCGGUACCUAGUACUAGUUCAAAGUCUCCGCCAGUUCACUGAUGGUUGUGCCAUUUGGAGACAUUAA